GUAAAUGGCGCGGCCCAACUCGCUCUUUGUAUUGCUAUUACGAAUUGAAUUGUUCGUAAAAAAAAAAUUUUUUUGCUUUGCAAUAGCUCAAUAAGACGUAGAGUCCCGGUUCUGUAUGACAGCGGUAUUUCGACUCUAAAAAUAGUAGAAUGUCCAAACAGCACACAUGACCAGACUACUAUAUCCCCUGUUGCAUUUCACUGAACUUUACUCGAUGGGAAAUCUUUUGGGCGCAUUUGGUCGUUAUAACAAUCGUUGAACUUGCACGUGGAGUAUACUAGAGGCACAAGUGUCUAACUGCCGGAGUAACAUUUCUAUUGUGUCUGAAUUUGAGUAGAACAGAUGAGAGACCUGCUUCUUCAGCCAAACAGUUACUAUUUGGUAAAUUGUAAUGAAUGUUUGAAUUGUUCGGAUGUUUUUUUUUUUUUUUUUCGUCGAGAAUGUGCUCGUAAUUGCGGCAGAUUUAAGUAGGCUGUUAGUUCGUGAGCACGUGUAUGAACCGUGAAAUCAAGUGGGAUUCUAGGUGACGUAGAUAUGGGCAGAGUUCAAAUCGUAAUUAGAACUAUUCUUGAUUGGGGCGGCCGCUGUGAUAAGUGUCGAGACCGAAAUUUCGGCCGACAUGCUGCGCAUUCAUGUCGUGAUUGAGGGAUGUGGGAAGAACACCCCGAUGAAACGAUAAGCGAAGGAGAAAAAAAAAACGGAAAAAAGUUCACCUGUACCGUUAAAUCGCUUUUGUUAUUGCAUCAAAAGAGAUAAGAGACUAUAUGGCGUAAAACUAUUCAAGCGUGAUGAUGUUAUGUACCGAAAUGUGUCUCACCUCUAGACGGCGAUUGAGUCAGAUGCAACAUGUGAGGAGGAGGCUGCUGCUCCGAGUCUUAUCCGGCGUAUAAGAAACGAGAUAGACGACAGCCCAUAAUGUUGUAGUCUAUUAAGUCUGAUGGUUCGCCGAACUCUUGUGAAAAGCCUUUCUCCCCUCCUUCAUUUUUUUUAAGCUUCACUUUUUCCACUAGGAUGCGUGACGUAAUGUAUCGGACACACCGGUAAUAUUCCACCACACAUCAGCAAAAUAAAGAGAAAGAAACGAAAUGCUGCAGCAGCCUCAAACAAUUCUUUAUUUUUGUUGUUUGUCAGUAGUAGUUUGAAAAGCAACUCUGCGACGCCCAUUGGUCUGGCCUGGCGGGCAGAAAACGAAUUCCCCGGAACUCACAGUUGUUGUGUCGGGACUAUACAGUCCAAGUUGACUGCAAUAUAGCCUAUACCGGUUGAUGCGCGCAGUAUAGUUGGCUUGUCUAGUUGCAGCCAAGCGUUUGGCGCUAGUUGGCUACGAGCUGAUAAGUCAGUUGCUUGUCAUCGAGCCCAAGGAACUAAAGCCACCGACAAGAGCAGCUCAGCGGCAGCAGCUAGCUUUUGCAUAUUCGUGUGAAUACAAAGAUGAAGCUCUUCGGCAAUUGGUUUCGAUUCGUCGCCAUAGCGACUGGGGCCGCUCAUUUCAUUUUCGCCGUCGAUUCCAAUUCAAUCGCCACCGACAAAUCGCCGCCCGACAAGGAUACUUCCGGUAAAGGUAGGGCUUCCUACAUCUGGGAAAAGAGAGUCACUCCGCCGUAUCCUUACCAGCAGCAGUAUCACACGUACAAGACGAUUGUAACUCCUGUCCAAUCGUCAAACAAGUUUGCAGCGGAGCGCGUCCAACAACAUCGCAUAGGCGCAGAACAUUUGAAAUCCGAUUUCCGGCCUACCGUUACGUCACAACUGCCUGUCGCUGCCAUUUCAAGCGGUCAACGACUGCUGGAGAGAGAAGAAAUUAGCCCUAAAAAGUCUUAUGGUUACAGCGGAGGUAGUAGCCAUAGCCAUGACCACCACCACGGAGGCGGCGGCGGCGGUGGCCAAUACUACGCGGCUCAACCUUUGCCGUAUUACCCCGCGACUAAAGAGCACAGUUUUGGCAUUGGCAGUUUUGGAUUUUUCAAGCCGCUAUUUCUCCUCUUGAUUUUGCCAUUCUUUUUGCUUCUCUUCUUCGUCGCUGUCGUUUUCGUCGUCCGCAUAGCGGCGGCCUCUUCGUCCACCACCGCGACCGCCGCCCUGAGUCAACAGCAGCAACAGCAGCAAGAUAGCAACAACAAUAACAACAACAAUAACGCCAAUAAUGACAACAACAACAACGCCAUCGUCUUGGCUUCUUCGACUGGGACGUUUGUCAUUACCAUCAACGCCACCGGACGCGCCCACAACAACAAUUUCUUGGACUUUCUCAGAAGCCCCGCCCCGUUAUUCAAUUGGCACAACUCCUAUCAUCACACUACCCCGGCCCCGAUGGCGUUGGUGAAUGAGACCUGGUUAUUGGCGUAAUUCCAUUUGAAUGGCAAAUCAGAAUUGAAAAUGACCGAUAAGUCAUUGUGUACAUUGUAUUUUAGUUCCCCAAUGGGUGUUUUGAGGGUAUCUGUGUAGAGGUGUUGAUCUGUUGAAAUAAUCGGCAUAAUAGAAAAAUCUUGUUAUUCCGUU